GACAAGAGGUGAAGUAGAAAAACAACUUUGCUCACAGUGAACGACCCGAGGGAAGGCAACGGGAUAGGAAAAUCCCACCCCGACCGGAGAAACGCACGACCAGUCCGAGACCGCGGAGGCUCAAAACCGCCAUUUCGGACCGUCAUAUAUAUAUAUAUAUAUAUAUUUUUUGGAGAGAGGAGAAAAUUAAAAGAGAAAUUGGGAAAUUCAGAACUUCCUGAAUCCGAUACUCUAACACACCUCAAGGCUGGAUUUGUGGAGUACCGUCUUCCAUUUCGAGAUUUUUCCUAAACCCGAUUUACAACAAAUUUCUCUUCUACCUGGAAAAGAACAGUUUCUGGUGUAUCAACUCCUAGACACAGGAUAGAAGAACCAUUCAUCAGAAAAAAUAAAACCAUGGAGGCAAUUCUACCAAUAGUCAUAUUAGUAAUUUUUGGACCACAGAUACAAGCAGGUCCUGUGACAACCAAUGAAUGUAAAGUUGGAAAGGUUGGAAUAAAUCAUCCUGUUACUAUCUUGCACCUUAAGCCGCUCCAUGUUUUACAAGGCUGUGUGUGCAGUGGCAGCACUACAGCUAAUGAAAUUGUUUAUGCCAUCAAUUUGAUACCACCUCCUUCUGCUGCGCUACUUCAGGUAUUUUUGCAUGUGCAGCCGAUUAGUGCCAAUAAGACGUUAGUUCUUGUGCUGAACAGCAGCCACGAUUUAGUUUGGAAUGUGAGUGCUAUCAAGAUGCCACUUAAAGUCUAUCAUUCUACAAGAUCCUAUGUGUUACCCCAGGAAACAAGGAUGUUUCAAAACCAGGAACAAUUGAAGCCAGCUAUGGAAAAUUGCAGUUCAAUCAUUAGUUUUGUUAAGUUUGAAAAGGCUGAUGGAAUAAUAAUAGAACUGAAAGAAGAUGAAAUGCUCCUGUCUAAAUGUGAACAACAGCCUCAUAUCAGUGCUCAAAAUUAUCUGGAUUACAAACUUCUCCAGAAAGACUUGGUGGGUUGUGUGACGUCUGAUCAGCGCAUCGUUCGUCAAAUCCACAUUAUAAAUCUAAUACCCACAGACUUCAGGAGUUCAGAAAAGAAGAGCGUUAACAUGGAUGUUGAAUUUACGCAUGGGAAUAAUUGCCAUAAUGUCUCCCUGGUUAUUCAGAGCAAUCAGCCUAUAAACUUGAACAUUGGGGGGGAAGUUCCUUCAUCAUUACACCUUAAGCUAUCUCAUGAAGUCAAUGCAACUCAGCCUGGAUUGGAAUCAUCAGUUAUAUCUGGACUCCCAAAAGCCUCAAAAAAACUGGUGGAGUGGGCCGUUGAAAAUGGAUUUACUGCUACAUCUUUGACAGAGAUUCCAUUGGUUGAUGAGAUCAAACUUAAAUGUGAUCUUCAUGCAAAUGAUGCCCACAGUUACACACCGCAAUCAGCACCUCCAGACAGAUAUGUUAAGUCUGUUCACUGUGGAGAAUCAGAGAUGGAAAUCACUGUUAGCAAAUUUAGGAAGAACUUAAUUCAACAAAUCACAUUACUGGAUGACAAUUGCAAAGGAAGCAGUAAUGAAACACACUUCCACCUAAAAUACAUUCCUUACACAGAAUGUAACACUAAAGAAAUCGGAGAUAACUACACGAACAAGCUAAAGGUGAAGUUGUACAAUGGAACUGAAAUAAUGCAUGAUGUGCAUUGCCCACGUAUACAGGAGGUUUGUGAUCUCGUUAAACGUAAUAUUAUUGGCGAGAAAGGCUAUACCAGAAUUCUUGAGCAUUGUGACUUUAAAAAACCGUUCUCAAGGAUUUACAACAACACAGCUGUCUAUGGAGAGAUUUUACUCCCUUCGUUCGGACCACAGGUGAUCAAUGAUAUGAAACUUCAAAACUGCUCUCUCAUCCCAAGAUUUACUAUCAAUUCAAUAAAUAAAAAUGUCCUUCUUCCUAACAUCUCAUUGGCUAUUAGUAAUCUAAAACCGCACAAAACCAAAUGUGAUCGAACAGAAAUAUUGCACACCCGUUUCAAGUUUAUGUUCCGCAAUUUAUGGAGCCCAGUUGUUGAGGAUGCAGUCAUGGAAUGUGGUAUAGAAGCAUGUUUUAAUUCGACUUGCUUUUUGUGGAAUAGAGCAACUAAAGCAUUGAAAAUUGACAACAGUAGGCCUCCACAUCCUGAUUGUCCCAAACCCCCAGACUCCACAAGUUAUAGGCCAGAAAGCCCAGACCCCACAAGUUACGGGCCAACAGGCCUCCCUACAAUCCAGGGAUUGGAAAUGCCAGCUGCAUUAGGAAUUGCAUUUGGUGCAUUUGUCAUUGGAGCAUUGCUGAUUGCAGCUCUGUGGUAUAUCUAUUCACACACUGGUCCUUCUGAAAAGAAACAGCCUGUUCCCACUAAUCCACCUGCAUCUGAGAACAGCAGCACAAACCACAGCAUUAGUAGCACCCAAAGUACCCCAUGUUCUACCAGCAGCGUUGCAUAGCCAUCAUCUAUAAUGCUUUCGACAACACUGACUUAAAAUACUUUGUUAUAUUUUUGCAAAAUGCUCCUGAGUAACCUCUGACGAAUUCAACGGUAAAACAUCUUUGAAAAUGACCAAUUUAAUAGCUGCAAAGAAAACCUAGUAGUUGUUACUGAAUUUUAAAAAAAUACUAUUGGUAGCAUUACAGUAUACCAUCAGCAACUCCAACAACAGCACUGCCAACUAAUAAUUACCAGGCAUCUAGGGAAUAAUGACUGACUACAAUUUAGUACAGUAAUCCAUUCAGAAUGUUCAAGUGAUGUCUUAAACCACAAGGGUCAAAGUCUGAGUGAUUUAUUGCUAUCGUUUGAACAUAAGGCCUUAAUAAGCCAUGAAUAUUCAGGUAUUUGUGUAUUUUUAAUAUUUAAGUAUUGUUUAAAUAUUUGUGAGGAUUUAAUAAGUUUUUUGCUCUCUUUCUCACAGGAGAGAUUAUUCAUGGUGAUGUACACUAUAGGGGUGUACUUUGUCAUCGAUGAUGUCAUAUAGUUUAUUCUCCCCUAUAUAAAUGCAACCAUAACCAGUCUUAUCCCUUUAAAUUUCAGCUAAGCAUGAUUUUUAGCCAAAGCAAGAAAUUGAAUAUUUAUGACAUAGGGGGUGAUUCCACAAUCUUAUGCCACAUCAGGCAGUUGCAAUCAACAGGAGUACAGGUCAGAGAAUUGAGCUGCAUUUUUGUAGCCUACAUCUUUGUUCCAUGCCGCAUUUGAGUACAAUUCCCUGCUAUAGGAGUAAAACACUCCUAUAGUUAUCACAAUUUUAUUAAGGUAUAAUCUGCAUUUAACUAAUGGGAAAUUCUGCACCCUGCAUGUAUUAAAUUGCAAUAUCACUGGUAGCAACAUUCUUUUUUUAAAAAGGGAAAAUUGAAGAUCAUGAUGGGCCAAGUAAAUAAAAGGAAAGAGUUAGCUUGUGAAGGAAUAUUCUCUAAAUUAGGUAUGUUGCAGGGAAUUAAAAAAAGGUAAACCAGCUUUACAGGUUUUUAAUUGUGUUUUUUUAUGUAAAAGCAAAAUCAUGGAUACAGUUUUUGACUGCAUAAUUAAACUAAAACUACCAGGAAUGCCAUUAAAUAUCAUCAGAAUCAUGAUCUUAUGAGCUCACAUGAGCCAUAAAACAAAGACCCGACUGAGCACUAUAUCUAUGCGGCCUUAGAGAUGAUUGUUAAAGUGAUCACAGUUCAAAGUGUUGCGUUUGCCAGGAUUUAAAUGCAAAUCCAGCAGCUAUUUGUGUGAAUUCACUGCCAGCCAAUGAAAGAGAACAUUAAUGUCUAAUGACAAUUGUCUAUUCAGUUGAGCCCUAUUUCAACCUAAUUUCCAAAUCAUUACUAUUUGGGGAAAAAACCACUUUAUACCAGCCACAAGAAGGUGCUAUAUGAAUGCAUGUGUUUGGUAAUUUACUUGGCCAGAGUGCAGAAAAUACAAUUACACUAAAAUUAUCUUUUAAAAGAGGAAGAAAGGGAUAUUAAAGGACUACUGUAGGAGAAGCCAAGACUCAAUCACCUGUGUGUUUGCUGAAUUAUUUUGGUUCCCAGUUCAGCAAUUCCUUGAUUUUAAAAUUCUCAGCCUUGUGUUCAAAUUUCUUCAUGAUCUCACUCCUCCUUGUCGCUGCAACCUCUUCUGACUCUACAACCCUCUCAAAAUUUUGCAUCCCUCCACCUUUGAAUUUUUCUUGAUUUCCCACUUGCCUUUCCCCACCAUUAUAGGCUCUAUCUUUUUGCUGUUCAGAUCAUCCAGAAUUCUCUCCUUUAAAAUCUCUCCCAAUCCCUUUAAGACACUCCUUAAAGCCUACAUCUUUGACUAAGUUUUUUGUCAUCUGUCCUAUUGUCUCCUCCUUUGGCUCCGUGUCAAUUUUUGUCUGAUUACACUUCUUUGAAGUGCCUUGAUACAUUUUACUACAUUGAAGGUGCUGCACAAAUGCAUGUUGUUGUAGAGGGACUCUGACUAGACUGAAGUUGGUAUCCACUAGAGCCUCCAUAUGAGUACAGAUGAAAACCUGGAAUAGAUAUGCCUCCUGCUUCAUCCAGUUAAUUCCUACAAGAUCCCCUCUUGGGCUAUGCAGACAUUUUUACCUCACUUGACAGCACCUACCAUCAUAUACCAUCAUAGAGUGUGCAAUAUCCCCGAGUGAGUUUAACAACACAAUGUAAUCUGCAGAAAGGAUUGUUGCAGUAUUCUCAGAAGUGCCUAAAACAGGCGCUCAAGCAUCAAUAUUACAAUACCAAUACCAUUUGAAACUGAUGCAGAGGGAGACACUCUGUUUAAAAAUAAUGGUUUUUCACCUUCCCCCUGCUGUUCUCUCCUCUACUGGCAGCCCUUUCCUGACUGAUAGCACCCAAAAUUCCAAUCUGAUCCCGUCCAGCGCACUUAUAUUCAGAUGAGCUGACCUUGUUUAUUCAGGCCUCUCCUACACCAAUCAAGACAUUAAAUAAGAUGAAUGGCAGCGCAUCAUUUGGAGGCUGAAAAGUAUUUCUCCAGCUCAUUAUCUCACUAGGGGAGCUAUGCAUUAAGACAAGCAAAUUUUUCAAAGAAAAAUAUUUUGCCUUUUGAGAUCAUUCUUAAAUAUAUAUAUAGGAUCAUGUUUAGAAGACUGUGCAAGCAGCAUAUAUUGGAUCAUAUUAAAUUACGACAUACGGUUUAACUUUGACAGAAUCAAGGAGCUGCAUUAAAACUUUAAAAUUAAGGCCUUUUAAUCCGAUGUCACGAAGCACCUUAUAGUUAUCAGUGUAAACUGACAUUGAGCUCAGUGCAUCCAACUGGUUAACACAUCAUACCACAUUAGCAAACAACCAGUAAAGUCACAAUAAGUUUUCAGUUCUUUUUAAGUUAGGAAAAUAAAACACACACUUCCAAGGUUUAAAAGGAUAGAUUAAUUCAAGAGGCUAUCAGAUCUCAUCAAGCUUGGGGAAGAAAAAAUAAGUUGGAUACAGAAAUUAUAUAAAUGUACUAUUAUGAUGGUUGGAUAUGAAUAGUAUUUAAUUCCAUUUACAAAUUACGUGGAAUGAUGUUAGUGAAGACACAAAAAGAUUGGCUA